AUGACUAUAAAUCUCAGAAGUCUCUUCAAGGAUAUUGAUCGUCGCUAUGGUCCUAAAACAGCUUUUUCUAUCUUUGUGAUAAAUAUGCGUUUCGGCAUAACAAUUAAAGGCAGAUUUUAUAUCAUUCGACAAACUCGUCGAUCGUUUCUUUGUCUCAUCAUUAUCACUAUCAUCAUUUUCUAUCUAUUCGUUAAAUGGACACCUCACGAGGUCACAUACAAGAACAUUAAUUACGAUCGAUGUUUGCAAAACCGAUUGGAACAAUUUUCACGGGAUCAAGAGGAAAUGAACACAAUUUUCAAUCAUGACCCGAUUCAGUAUGGAGAAAUCGUUAGUUUGCCAUUCACAGGUAAUGGUUACCUUGGUCUUUCUUUAUCCAGUCAAUCUCAUAUACAACUUUUAACUGAUAUUCGUUCCCAAUUCAUAUCUACUGGUUACUCUCCAAUUGUUCAUAUUUCGUCUGAUACAUGGGAGGCUUCGAGUGUAACAUUAUUACAAAUGAAACAAGGUCUUGUCAAACGUAUUCAAUGUUAUAAACUUAGUCAAGAACGUUCUGCACAUGUUACUCAAUCUUUAUAUGUACAUCGACAGCGACCAUCGUUGAUUGUUCAAGAUAUCGAAAUCACUAAUCCCAGUGAACACACCCUUGACCUUGGAUUACUACAAAAGAAAGAAAUAUCGAAAACGGAUGUCCAACAACUUGAUGAACAAGAUGUUCGAUUUGACUCGUCAACAGAUAGUUAUCUAAUGACAACGAAUCAAAUAUCAACACGGCAAAAUAAUCCUAUUAUAUAUGUUAUUAUUACGAAUAAAUUACUUUCGAAUACCAAUGUUAAACCCGGUAGCCUAGAAAAACAAACAGUUUUAACUGUAGUGAAGUUUUCUUCUCCUCUUUCGAAAGCUUCCAUUGCAAAUGAAACCUAUCUCAACGAAUGGAAAGUUAAAUUACAAAAACAAGCCAAAGAUGACAUGGCAAAUGCUCUUUCAACAUCAUCUGUUCGAUUAUUAAAAGAGCAUGUCAAUACAUGGUCAUCCAUAUGGCAAAGCGGUUUUCGCAUGAGUCGUUCAUUAGCACCUUCAGCCAUGAAUGGAGAUGUUAUCAAUCGAACGCUUUACUAUGUUCUUUGUUCAACUCCAUCGCCGAUUUAUGAAUUUAAUAUUGAUGAAAGUAAAAGAAAUGAGUUGAAUCAGAGCCUCUUUCAAAUGGAGCAAUGCUAUGAAAGUCAUUCAACAUUAAUCGGAGAAAAACUAUGGAUAUCGCCUGGUGAUGAUCUAGCUGUAUCACAAUUAGCUAAUCUAUGGCGUUCGACGUUAUCUCGAAAGGGUUGUUUUACAUUAAUGCGAAGUGGUGCUGAUGGUGUUCUUCAAUCUAUGUUGCUUUCCAUCGGUGGUAUACGUUUUCGUACACAUCAUUUAGAGAUGUAUCUCGAUCCGAAGGAGCUUCAUCGUGAUAUGUUUUUUCGUUCGAUUAAUUUCGGUAAACAAUAUCAUGUAAAUAUAAGUAUUACUGUUGGUCACGAUAAUCGUGCUGUUAUCGAUGUAUCGAUUGAUAAUGAAAAUGCUCAGGCUUAUGCAUGCGAUGCUGGUUGUUUAGAUCCGCCAACAAAAUUAAGUCAUCAACCGGUACGCUUUCCGGUAAAAAUGACAAGUCCACCAACAGCAAUUCUCUACAUUGCCGAAGAUUUCGAGUAUAUGACACAAUUAAAAGACACACUACAUGUAAAAGAAGUCGAAAUCGCUCCUCCUCAUGCACAUGAUGUUCUCGCACUUCACCGACACGGUCAUAAACUUGGCGGCUUACCUAUAGUCUUCUGGAUUGCAUUAGCAUUUUUAAUCGUUAUAUUCCAUUUAUUUUUAUUAAAAAUCAUUCUGAAUGAAAUGGGAUUCUUCAAACAUACAUUACCAAACUACACAAGGCCUCGUGUUCUAUAA